GUUUGUUCCAUCGACUUGUUCCUGCUAUGAAAUCGAUCAGCUUCUGCUGCCUCUUUCUCGUGACGUCAUCUUUUGCUUCCGUUGAAAAACGGAACACCGUCUGCUACCAAACAUUCGGCUGCUUCUCUUCAGAUGGUCUUCUCAAAGCUCCCCAAAGCCCCUCAGUUGUAAAUACGUACUAUAGACUGUAUGUGCGAGGACAUUCAUCCCAUAUUAAUGAAAUUGGAGGACCUUCUUGGCAGUCUGAGGUAACCCCCUUUACUCAACAUGUCAGCGCGACCAGAAAAACGAAGGUUCUUAUACACGGCUUUCUUGACAAUGGAAGGUCACAAUGGGUCAUGCGUGCAAAAGAUGAGUUAUUAAAAAAGGGGGACUUUAACGUUAUCACCGUAGACUGGGGUACGGGGGCAAAGUGGCCUUAUGAACAAGCAGCAGGCAAUGGGUACUUGGUUGCAGCCGAGGUGGCGUCCCUCUUUUCGUACCUUCACGAUCAUGCCCAUAUUAAUUUUGCUGAUGUCCACAUCAUUGGUCAUAGUCUUGGUGCCCAGAUUGCUGGCUUAGCUGGUCAAAGAAUCAAUAAAAUUGGGCGAAUCACAGGUCUUGAUCCUGCGGACCCUCUGUAUUCUGGCAAACCUAUGGACCGCCAUCUUGACCCAAAUGAUGCAACUUUUGUCGAUGUCAUCCAUACCGAUUCUUCAAAUUUUGCAUACACACAAGGAUUUGGGACACACGAUAUUGAAGGAGACGUCGACUUUUUCCCCAACGGCGGUGAACAUCAACCAGGCUGCCCCGAAGAUCCGGGUCACAAUGCUCUGUAUACCCUGCUCCAUGGUGGUUUAGGAUCUCUCACCCAUUCGAUAUCAUGCAGUCAUAGUAGGGCAACCGAGUACUUCAUCGAAUCCAUCAAAUCACACUGCAAGUUCUUUGCACACAAAUGUUCAAACAUAACGAACUUUGAUGAAGGCAAGUGUAUGGGGUGUCCUGACGGAGGCUGUGCUGUGAUGGGAUACGAUGCAGACGACACUUCACUUCGUGGCGCCUUUUAUUUGAGCACCUCCACUCAAGCACCUUAUUGUGGUUACGAAUAUUAUGUAGAAAUAGUAAUUUCUCAUUCGAUGCAUGGUCAUUCUUAUGGAGAGUUCUUUGUGAGACUACAAGGAACGAAAGGAGAAAGCGAGGAACUGAAAUUCUCAAGGAAAAUGCAGUACUACAUAACCGACUCGGCAGAGAGACACGUACUUGUCACACAUACAGAUAUUGGUAAUGUCACCGGUAUCAAGGUCAAAUUCGUACGUGGAGACGGUGUCAAGGCCACUGGCUCCCAACAUGAAGUGAUAGUACGAUACGUUACCGUGGAACCGACGGAAAAUGCAGACGGCAAAGUCAAGUUAUGUGGACAUGAUGCCCAUAUACAUGAAAACCACGUGGCAGCCCUGCACUCCACCUCAGGUUGCUAGGAACCUCAAUGACAGACAUUUACAAUGGGUGAUUGGAUG